AUGGAUGAAGCAACCGUUGACUCGAUCUUCGCGGGGUCUUUGAAGUCCCUUCCCGCCGUCAGCUCAAAAAUCGUCAGGAUAUUUACUAGCUCCACCUUCACCGAUACCGCGAUGGAACGUAACACGCUGAUGGCCCAAUGCUACCCUAAACUUAAGGACUACUGUAGGGAGAAACAUGGAUUAGAGUUUCAGGUGGUAGAUAUGAGAUGGGGCGUGAGGGAUGAAGCAACCGACGAUCAUAUGACGACGGAACUUUGCAUGAGGGAAAUAGAAAAUUGCCAGAGACUUUCCAUGGGUCCGAAUUUCGUGGUUUUCCUCGGGCAAAAGUAUGGUUACCGCCCCAUUCCGACAUACGUGCUCAGUUCUGAAUUGGAAAUGUUGCGAACGGAAUUGGAGAGUCAGGGAAUGGACGUUAGUCUCCUGGACAGAUGGUACAAAAAAGACAGUAACGCGGUGCCACCGACAAGCAUCCUGCAACCGAUAUCGUCCAUCUUGAAGAACUUCAACAAUAAAAGGAUACCCAAGCUGCAGCAAGAGGACCAGGCAAUCUGGUGGGACACCAUGGUGAAAAUGCAGAAACUGUUCAGGAAAGGCGCGCAAUCUCUUUUCAAUUCGGGGAAAUUCGACAAAGACACGAUGCACAAUUAUUUCAUGUCUGUGACCGAACGAGAAGUGAUCAAUGGUAUCCUGAACGUUAAGAACACGAAAAACCAUUGCCUCGCCUAUGUCAGGUACAUAAACAAUAUCAAUCUACAGAACUUAAGAAAAGCCAGUCUCUUCCUGGACAUAGCGAACAGAAGUUUAGACAACGAAGCCGCCAAGUUGCUGGCGAACCUGAGGGACGAAAGACUUCCGGAGAAAAUCGAGACAACGAAUCACCAAAGCUACACCGUGGAAUGGAUCGGACGAGAAGGUUUAGACCCGGAAACCCACAGCGAGUAUCUCCAGCACUUCAUAACUCACUUUUACCGAAACAUAGUGAAACUCGUGGACCGUGCAAUGAGGAAAGAGGACAGUUCCGCGCAGGGACAGAUCAUAACGGAAAUUCUGCAGCAUUUGCACGCUUGCAACAAUUCCGUGAAGGUCUUCUACGGACGGGAAGACACUUUGGAAAGGAUCAAAGAGUACAUGUUAGGGGACAGCGACAAGCCCCUGGUUUUAUACGGCGAAGGCGGAUGCGGCAAGACGUCUCUGUUAGCAAAGAGCGCCGGGUUGACGAGCAGCGCGUGGCUCACCGGGAAAAAGCCAAUCAACAUAAUCCGAUUUCUUGGCACUACCCCGGAUAGCAGUGCCCUGACGCCUACAUUGAUCUCUAUUUGUCAACAGAUCUCCUACAACUUCAUGCUACCCUUUGAUGAAAUCCCGGACGACCUGGUGCCGCUGACCGCCUACUUUAAAUAUUUACUAACUCUGGCCACGAAAGAGCAACCGAUUCUCUUGUUUCUGGACAGCGUCGACCAGCUGACUGGAGUGCAAGGGAAUAAAUUAUCCUGGCUACCGACCAGACUUCCGAGCAACUGCAAGAUGAUGCUGUCUUGCGCCGCUGAAGAAUCGAACCCAGUGAUCUCUCGGGAUUAUCAGCUGCUACGCAGAAUGAUAGACACGGAGGAGAACUUCAUCGAAGUGGUGGCCUUAGGGGAGGAUUUAGCGAUGGAUGUGAUAAGGAUGUGGAUGAAAACGGCGCACAGGGAUCUAAACAAUUACCAGUGGCGUCUGGUGGCGAACGCGAUAUCCAAAUGUUCCCUGCCCAUUUUUGUGAAACUGGUCUUCGCGGAGAUUUGCCGAUGGAGGAGCUACACGAAACCAGCCGAUACUCACUUGACCAGCACCGUGAUGGACAGUAUCAUGAUGCUGUUCGAAAGAAUAGAGAAGCAGCAUGGAAAGAUUCUGGUGUUCCACGCGUUGGCCUACAUCACCGCGGCGAAAUCGGGUUUAUCGGAGUCGGAAUUGGAAGACCUGAUCUCGUUAGACGACAAAGUGCUAGACGAUGUCUAUCAGUACCAUCUACCCCCUGUCCGGCGAAUCCCGCCCCUGCUCUGGACCAGGAUAAGGAACGAUUUGCCUAACUACUUGAGCGAAAGGGAAGCCGACGGCGUAAGUGUCCUGAACUGGUACCACAGACAGUUCAGAGACGCUGCGAAGGAAAGGUACUUCAAGAACAUGAACAUGGCGAUGUACUUCCAUUCGAUGAUCGCCGAUUACUACCUUGGCAUCUGGGGAGGAGGACGUCCGAAGCCGUUCAAAUACACCGAGAUCCAAAGACACCGAUUCAACCUAGCGGACAAAGAAGGCAUCGCGGACAGAAAAGUGCCGGAACAACCGCUGGCGUUCUACUCGAAGGAAGGAACGAUCACCAGAUACAACCUCAGAAAGUUCGGCGAGCUGCCGUUUCACCUGGUCAGAUCGCGGCGAUUCAACGAUCUCUUCGAGAACGUCUUAUUCAAUUACGAAUGGCUGCACGCGAAGCUUAGUUCUUGCCCGUUGCAAGCCGUACUAUCGGACUUCGAGGACGCGUGCACCUUUAUCGAGAAUCAGAACAUCGUCAGAGAGCUGAUGCUGGUCGCCGACGCGCUCAGAUUAGGGGGUGCGAUUCUGGGCUCUCACCCGGACAUGCUCGCGCCUCAAUUAAUCGGUCGAUUGUUGCCAGAAAUAGGGGGCAACGUCAACGUGAAGAUGCUGCUCAGAGCUUGCGAUAACGACGGCGCGAAGAACUGCGCCCUGCUACCUGUCUAUCAUUGUCUGCACACACCUGGGGGACCUUUGAAAUACUCGCUGGAGGGUCAUCAGUUCGCCGUGUUCGGCUUUUGUCUGACUUCCGACUACCGACACGUGGUCUCGAUAUCCAACAGGUUUAUCACCUGGGACCUGAGCACCAGCGACAUGACCAGAGACGUUAAUCCCGGUGUCGAAGGAAUCAUGCAGAAUCUGGUUCUGAGUCCCGACAACAGAUACGCGGCUGCGUUUACAACUAACAAUCAGAGUGUCGUGUUGAACACUUUAACCAGCGAAUUCGUUACUAUCGAUAAUCCUCUGCCAAACGAGGAUCCAGUGUGCGGGGUUCAUUUGAUGAAUCAGUACUUUUUCGUCUACGGGAAGCUGGGCUGGUGCAGAUUCGAUCUUAGAGGGAAUUUACUAGAGACCCACACGAACCCCGAGGAUUCCAAUAAAUGGCCAAUCUUGCAUGUGGAUCAUUCGACUUUAGACGAAUACAGAAUUGUAUUCUGGUCUGGGAAUAUCGAAGAUACCUCCAUGAUGUUGCACACUUAUAGAAAAAAAGGAUCUUUGGAACCUUUGAGUUUGCAUAGUGUCCUGGCGAUGACUAAUGAUAAAAAGGUUCUCUAUGCUUGCACGGUUAACACUGAUAACCGAGUGACCAAGUAUACUUGCGACGAAACGUCCUCGCAAUGGGAAAAGGUCUUCGACAUGCCUAGAGCUUACAACGACGACGUCGAGUACUUGUUGCAAUUGAAAUUAGACAGAGAGGAGGAAAUUCUUUUGGCUACCAGUGCCAAUGGUUUCGUCGUUUGGUUCUUGGAGAAUAAGAGCGACGCGUACGUUUUGAUGUUACCAAACGGAGUGCGGAACAUCAGCACGCGAAUGAUGUGCUCCAAUUCGAUAAUGGUCAGUAGUACCAAGAAUUAUGCUGUUGCCGGUGUCAGGAAAAACUUGUACGUUUGGAGCUUGGAGACGUCGGAGUUAGUGAAGAUACUGGAUGCCCACUUUGCCAGGAUUAUUCAACUGGAAGCGCUAACAGUUGGCAAUUGGAAUUGUGUGGUCACGUCGAGCAUAGACAGAAGUGUUAAAGUAUGGAAUAUAAACAACAUUUUCGAACAAGUUCAUGUGAUAGAUAGACACGAGCUACAAGUUGAUAUGAUAAGUUUAGCAGAAGAGUGUAACUUGGCUGCAAUAGUUACUAGAGACUGUGUGGGAAUCUGGGACUUGCAAACUGGAAAGUUGAUUUCAAAGUUAGCCGACAGCCCUUUAGGGGCUAUUGUUACACAUGCUUGUAUGACACACGAUGGCAAAUAUGUUGUUUCAACAGAGUCGGGCAAUGUAUUAAUUUGGAAUAGAAUUACCGAGCAAGUGUUGUUCAAAGAAGAGCAGCAACAUGUGAAACAACUAACAUUAAUUGAAAAUUCCACCAAGUUUAUAGCAAUCUCCAGGCCUAAGAACCCAGCUGGAGUAGAAAGUAUGAAGGCUAUUGCAACACUAUUUAUGAGAACAAUCCCUGAUGGGAAAACAACAUUUUCAUUUCAAUAUACAGUUAGAAGUCAAACAGGUACACCUUUCAGAAAUGUUGUGAUAACAUCUGAUAAUGCAUUUCUGAUUGCACCAGCAGCUGAUAAAGGCAGCAGAGAUUGUAUUAUGAUUUACAAUGCAAAAACGGGUGUACUGAUAAAUAAAAUCCCUAUUAAAUUACCUGGAUUUAAAGAUAUUGUGGGCAUAACUCCCAUGCCUAAUAAACCACAAUGGGUAGGCAUAAUUGGAACAGAUAAAGGCACCAUUCUGGAUAUAAAUAAGAAGAAAUUUAUUCGUACUAUUCCAAAAUGGAGUGGAAAUAUUAGCAAGGAUGGAAAAUAUACUUUAUAUGCACCUAGCAGAGGCGGAUUGGAACUUCUUGAGUUAAAGAAAGGUACUAGUGUUAAAACUUAUAUUCCCAAAGUAGCAGAGGGAGUGUUCACUGUAAUAUCCAUGUUCAACCGCACAGAUGAAUAUGUUUUAUAUUAUCAUAGCGGAAGAAAAACUAUCCGUGUAUUUAGAUCAUCGGAUUGUGAGAUGAUAGCAAAUUAUAGAGUUCAAGCAGAGUUAAGUGCAAUCGACAGUACUUAUGAUGGUAAGAGUAUAGUCUUAGGUACAGUUGAUGGAUGUGUAUCAGUGCUAGCUAUAAUGGAUCCCAAAAAGGAAGAAAUGAAAGAAUAUGUAUCAAACUUACCAUCUCGUGAUGAAGAUUGGAAAAAGAAAACGGAGAAACAACGAGCAGCAAUUAAAUUCAAAGCUGCUGCUCGAAUUGCACGGGUAACUCACGAUUUAAGUUCAAUUGUGCGAGGUGCAAACAUUACCGAGACAAUUGAGGAAUUAGACGAGAAUACCGAAUGA